UCAGCAGAGUUCCAGAGAGAGAGAGGGAGAGAGAGGGGACCGUCGCGCCUGAUCCUCAGUCACUCCCAGGGGAAUAACACCGCUGCACCGCCGGGGACCCGGGAUGCCCUUCAUACUCAUCAGCACGCAGAUCCGCCUGGAGAACGGUCCAACAACUGUGGGCGAUGAGCUCUCUGACCCGGCUGUCAUGACUUACCUGGGAGCCAGGAAAACAACCAUGCUGGGAAACAAUUUUUCAGAGUACCACGUGGACGACCCGCCGCGCCUGGUGUUGGACAAGCUGGAGAAGGUGGGCUUCCGCUUGGUGUCGAUGACUGGGGUCGGACAGACGCUGGUGUGGUGCCUUCACAAGGAGACGGAGUGAACUGUCGUGGAUGUCGAGUCGACUGUGAACACAUCAGAGCAUUUGAGGUUACACUUGACAGUGUGGUAAUAGUUUUGCAUUAGGGAGGCAACAGUGCGGUAACGCCGUCUUAUAUUACAGUGUUGCAUCGUCCUUUAUGUCCAUUAUAAUCACUACAAAAGUACUUUGUUACAAUAAAACACGACGUUACCAUAUUGUUACUGUACUGUAAGCUUAUUUUGUUGUACAUGACAGCGAUAAAUCCGGCCUUAAGCAAGUGAGAAUAAGAUAAUCAAGCUUGAAUAUGUAAGAAAAAUUAAAGAUUUUAUAAUAUUUUGUCCAUGUUUACGUUCAGGGAGUGAGGACUUUCUUUCAGUGAAUAAAAAAAAUUACUAGUUCGGUUUAUACGGAUGAAACUGUGCAAGGAUGUUUUUAUUUGUGUCAUGUGCUUGCAAUUAAAUGAUGUAAUGAUA